AUCCCAAAAUUUCAGAUGCUGUAGUAGCAACAGAACUUAGAUAAUUUGUAAAACAAUAUGGGAGAUUCUAAAAAGGAGAAACCUGUAAGAAAGACGCGAACAUGGGCUUGUAUAGGACUGUCCAGUUUGCUAGGGGUAGUGCUAGUUAUUGGUGGCAUACUUGUGUGUAUACUGUUCAAGGAUUUUCUAGAAAACAUGAUCAGAGAUCAAAUACCAUUAAGGGUUGGAAGCAAAAUAACUGAUGCUUGGUUGCACCCCCCAGUAAAACCUUUAAUGAGGUUGUAUUUUUUCAACACUACGAACCCCGAGGGUUUCUUAAAAGGGGAGAAACCUUUUUUGGUUGAGAUGGGACCGUACACAUGGGAGGAAACUAUGGAGAAGGUUGGGGUUGUCUGGGGGGAGGAUGGAUCCACAGUCAAAUAUUCAGUCAAGAGAACUUAUAGGUUUCGGCGUGAUCUAUCAAUAGGAGGAGUAGAGGAUAGAGUAACCCUACCGAAUAUACCAAUGUUUGGCAGUAUAAACCAGAUGAGGUGGGCCGGUAAACUAGUUCAGCAAGCCCUCAGCUCUAUGUUGGAUAUUCUAAAGCAAGAGGUGUUUAAUUCUACAACAGUCGGAGAAAUAGUUUGGGGGUUUGAUCAUCCUCUGAUAAAGCUGGGCAACGAUGUGCUCCCUCCAGAAAAAAAACUCCCAUUUGACAAAUUUGGAUUCUUUACUAAUGUAAGUAAAGGAUCAGACGGAACACUUUUUCACCCCGCCCUGGUGAGGAAUGAAACCUUGCACAUGUAUAACAAGGCACUCUGCCAGUCUCUUCCUUUGGUCUAUCAGGAGGACGUUGAUCAUCAUGGAGUUAAUACUUACAGAUUUGUUCCUCCAAGCAACGUUUUCGGAACUCCAAAAGAGAAUCCUAAAAAUAAAUGUUAUUGCAAGGAAGAACCUUGUGCUCCCUCAGGACUCUUCAAUGUAUCAGCAUGUCAGUUUGGAUCUCCAGUCAUGCUCUCGUGGCCUCAUUUCUACCAAGCUGACCCAUCCUUAGUAGAUGCAGUAGACGGGCUUAAUCCUACAAGAGAGAAACAUCAGUUCCAGAUGGAUUUAGUUCCGAAAAUGGGGAUUGCAAUGCACGCUACGGCUAGGAGUCAGAUUAACCUUGUGAUGCAAGCUCAGGAACAUGUAAAACAGCUGCAGGGGGUCAGAGAUAUCAUUUAUCCAAUUUUCUGGUUUCAGACUGGCGUGGAUGAACUUCCCGAGGACACGGUAAAUCUUCUUCAGAUGGCUGUGCACGCUCCUGAGCGUGCGCGCAGUAUACUUUAUCCAAUUCUCUUCGCAGUAGGAGCGCUUCUUAUCCUUUCUGUUGUUGCUUAUCUUGUAAAAAGUUUACUUUUGCGAAGAAGCAAAGAAGAAAAGGUCGAAAACGGAGGACAUCAGUUACCAGGGAAAACAACCCAAGCUCGAACCCCGCCCCCCGAUUAUAACGAGUCGGCCUAGUUACGAUACCUUUCUAUGAAAAGUUAAAGUCCCUAGAAACAGCGAAUAUUAAAUUUGAUAUAGGUCAAAAGUUGUAUGUGAAAAUGGUGCUUAAUCCAUGAAAUAAGCUUACUGAUUUUUGCGAUCAUCCAUUUAUCUGUUCAGAUUUCUUUCAAACUAAGAAACACAGAUUAAUUUCUUGUAUUUUGUCGUAUGUUGGAAUCUGUUACUAAAUUUUUUUAUUUCAACUUUAGAGGUUUAGGCGGAAAAGUAUUGUCAAAGGGACUGUUUUUAUCAUUUCCAGGAACCCUCUAUCUAAAGUAGGAGUAUUCCCGAGCAAUAUAUGCUCAUAAUAAAAAGAAAGUGGCUUGGAGGUGUGUCUUUAGUCCCGGAAAGGAUUUUAUUUCUUUUAAAUAAAUGCAAAUUUUUGUAUUUAAUAAGAAUUUAUUUUAUUAUAAGGCCAUAAUAUGUUCACCUUAUAUUUGCAUUCAGAUAAAAAAUCGUCCAUGAGAUCUAAUUUUAAGUUUUUUUUAAAGUGUAAACAUAAGGACUACACAACAAGCACAUCUAGUUUAUCUCAGACUUAAGUUAGCUGAAUUGCGCUGUAUUGUAAAUAUACCUAUUAUUUAUGUGAAGUUCUGUUGUACAUUGUACAUAUAUACUUCAAAAAUACUUUUAAUGUUUUUUUUGAUGAAUAAAAUGUUUUAUUCCAAAUCAUUGUGUGUAAUAGAUAGUACAAUUACUUUUAAUUAAAAGUAGAAUAAAAAGACUACAAUUUUUCAAUCGAUCUUUUUAAGUACACAUUAGAUACAUAUACUAUUAUACAGAGUAAAUAUUAGUUGAUGUAACUUCAAUUCUGAAUCCUGAAUCCUGAACUCUGAACCCUAUAAAAUCCUGAUUCCUGAUUCCUGAAUCCUGAAUCCUGAACUCUGAACCCUAUAAAAUCCUGAAUCCUAAAUUCUGAAUUCUGAACUCUGAACCCUAUAAAAUCCUGAAUCCUAAAUCCUGAAUUCUGAACUCUGAACCCUAUAAAAUCCUGAAUCCUAAAUCCUGAAUCCUGAACUCUGAACCCAAUAAAAUCCUGAAUCCUGAAUCCUGAAUCCAAAAUCCUGAAUCAUGAACCCUCAUUAUUUGUUAUAAUGGCUUUUUUGUAUAAACCAUGUGACCAAUUUGUGAAAAAAUGAAUCAUAGAUCAAUAACAAUACAGAUUGAACACUA